AUGGCCGACGCUAUAUUGGAGUUGCUCGACCCUCAUCUCAAUAGCAGUGAUUCGUCAUCGUUAACAACAUCCCGCCCGCGAGUAUCAUCAACAGAUGCGACGACCACCAAAUACCUCAACCGCCUGACGAGCUUAUCUCUUGAACAGAUUCGGAAUAGCGAGCCUCAGUCGAUAUCCCAAUCUGCGCACUCUACUCUCUUGUCCCUCCAGGCAUUGUCCAAUCGCUCGCACAAAGCUUUAAUAUCGUCAUCAGACCACCUCUCGACCUUGCGGAACUUGAUACCUUCAUUAGGCAAAGAUGUCAAAACAUUACAAGAAAGAAUACCAAUCCUCGACUCGGAGGCUGUGCGCUUCUCGACCACAUAUAGCAAAUCCAGCGACAACCCAAACCUAGACCGCAGGAAAAAGGCAAUGCAGCUAUCGCGAAAUGUCGACCGAAUAUCAGACGUUCUUGAGCUCCCGGCCCUCCUCUCCACUGCCGUUUCUACCUCAUCUGCGAAUGCGGGACUGACAGCAGCGUCAGGGAACUACUCAACAGCCCUCGAUCUCUACUCACACAUAAAAAGAUUACAGACCCUUUAUCCGGACUCUCCUCUUAUAAAGGAUAUCAUAUCACAAGCCGAAGAUGCGAUGAAGACCAUGACGACGAAUCUGAUAGCUGGGUUAAGGACACAGAAUAUUCGACUGGCGGCCGCGAUGAGAACAAUCGGAUGGUUGAGACGGGUAGCGCCGGAGCUGGAAAAUCCUCGAAGAAGUCGGGAAACCGGAACAGGGACGGGUGAAGGGUCACUUGGAGCACUCUUCCUCGUAUGCAGGUUGGCAAAUCUGGUUUCAACAUUGGAAGCUCUUGACCCGCUUAGAGAGCUAGCAGACCAAGAGACCCAGCGCAGGGUUGAAGCGGCAGCAGGAGAGCGAGCAUCAUCUUCUAAAUGGUCUGGCGGCCAGCAGACGGAGCGAUAUCUGAAAAGAUAUAUUGAAAUUUACCGAGAACAGAGCUUUGCUAUUGUGUCGCUGUAUAAGAAUAUAUUCACACCAGAGCCGGUCGAAACUGACUCGAAGCCGAUCACUGUUCCUGGGUUGGACCUUAAAUCUCUCAACCUGAAAACACAACCACCUCCGAAACCAACCACAAAGAUAGAUCCUCUACAGGCACUUCCGCCUGCAGUUGCGACAUUCCCAUUGUAUCUAGUGCGGCUGCUUACAGACACUCUUCGGACUUAUCUACCCAACGUGAGAGACAAGAGUUCACGAGAGAGUCUUUUAACUCAAGUCCUGUACUGUGCGGCGAGUCUUGGACGGCUAGGCGGGGACUUUAGCAUGAUUCUUACGGAGUUAGAGGAUGAGGAACAAGGUAAAGAAGCCAAAGAUGAGACGGUUGUCCAUGAAUGGGAGGAGGUCAUGCGCAAGCAUCGUGCGUUGGCUGGAAGACUUGAGCAACUUACCAGUGGUCAAGCUGUUACAAAGAGCAUCUCCCGAGUGACCUCUCCGGGCGAAUACCCGAUUCUCCUAGGCGAUAAACUGGCAAAAGAUGACGGAGGAAAUGACUCUACAUUCAUAAAUAUCACAUACAAUCAUAAGAGCAAAUCGGCAACGGCGAAUCAACGGGCGAAAAUCACGCGGUCUCCGACGUCACAAGAUGUAUAUAACCUGAUAAUUACGGACAAGGCUGGAAAUGCCGAGCAGACGACGCUUGAGUACAAGUACAAAGGCAGUAUAGAUCCGUCAAUACCGGUUCAGGGGUCAGAAGCAAGGAAUCUUGUUCUGGUUUUUGAUCCGAGUCGGAAAGCGUUUAUUCUAGAGCCUGUGAGCACUAGUCUCAACUUCAAUUUGCGCGCAGCUCCUGGAAAGAACAAGGAAGUGAUUGAGCAAUAUGAGCAAUUACAUACCUUGGGUGACGACGGUGACCACGCAUCUCGGGAUGAGAGCGAUGACGAACAGCCUGAAGAUGCUGACCAGGAUAAUCCUUAUGACUUCCGGCAUUUCCUCAAAAAGCCAGAGUCUGAGAAGGCGAAGUCGAACCUGUCUACGACCACGACUCCAGACCCUCAUGGAACUAUCAGCACUCCGGCAAUGCAAGCUACGAAGGUUGAGGCUAAGAAAGCAGCACCAUCCAGACCCAAACAGCAGACGAAUCCUUUACGACAACCGAAACGAGCACCCAAGGCUAAAGCAGCGAGUACAAAUUCAUCAGCAAAGGCUAAACCACAGCCAAAAUCGGCACCGCGUGUGGAUCCCGAGGAUGAUAUCGUUAUAUCUGAUGCGGAGCCAUCUGAGAAAGAAGAGGAUGAAUAUCAACAUCCCCAAUCUAGCCAAGCUAUACCUUCACCGAGUUCUAACAUCAUCGUCGAGGGAGAUCUUAUUAUUGACAUGGGCUCUCCACCUACGCGGCCUACGUUUAAGGUCGACCCAACCCAUUUCUCUUCAAGUGACCACUCUGUCAAUGGCACAGAUGAGGAAGGGAAUGAGGAAGACGAUGAAGAGAUUGAACAUUUCCGUCUGCCAUCUCCUGCUCGGCCUGCAGCCGCAGAGGAGCCAGCAGCAGACGAAGAUGAAAAUGACGAGGAUGAGGAUGCUCUAGCGGCGGAAAUGGAAGCGGCAUUCGAAGAGGAAGCAUCGAGGACACAGAGCAUGCAACAGACUCAACGAUAUGUGCCGAGUGAUGACGAGAGUGAAAUCAGUGAAGAGGAGUGAUUGGUAUUACUCUUGCACCCAAACUAAAAGCGUUUACCUGAGACUGGCAAACAACAUUUUGUCCGAUAUUGCAUUCAUUUGGAUGACGAUUUGAUAUCCGUUACUGAUUAUCUGGAGUUUGGAUUGUGACCGCGAAUUUGUUCUUCAUUGUAUUUAGAUACCACAAACAGUACUUGAAACAUCUAGCAAACAAUUAUCUAUUCGUUUUCA